AUGAGGCCCGACGUGCAGAUGCUGAAGCUUGCGACGAGACACAAGGCAUUAGAGCUAAUGAUAUCGACAUUGAGUGCACGUCUACGAGACGCUGCGGCCAAGCUGGUGCUGUUGCCAGAGGUAGGCAUUAGCCUGUGCGGUGCUGUGGCAAGUACGCUGGACCAGACACUCAAGUGGCGUUCACGUAUGUGGACGACACUUUUGACACUGCUGCCGACAUUUCUGCCGUUUAAGCGACUGGAGACAGUCGUGGCAUCAGCUGAGAAGAGUUUACGUUCAAGCCUUCAAGUGGAGAAAGGCAGAAGUGAGUUUUUCGAUGGUGGAAACAAGAGAGACGCCCAUGAUGAAGAGGACGAUGGAAAAGACGAAAGCUAUGACGCACGGCCCUUGAAACGACAAAAAGCGGGGACUGGAGGAAGCGAGCAGACUGACUCUGCUGGGCUCGAGGCGAGACAGGAUGACGAUCAGGAAGAAGAAGAACAAGGUGGGGACGAAGAGGAUGAAGAAGAUGAAGAAGAUGAUAAUGAGGAGACAACAGGUGAUAUACUGGAGACGAGAAGCUCGAUGAAGCCGCGAAGGCGCGUGUUUAUCUGGGACCUAGAUGAAACACUGGUGCUCUUUGCCUCGCUGUAUACGGGAACGUUUGCUCAGACACACGGCAAAGAGGUGGCUUCGGGUAUAGCACUAGGUGAACAGAUGAUGACCUUGUUGCUGACCAUGUUGGAGAGACACUUUUACUUCAGUGACUUGCAUGAUAUAGAUGUGGACCAUAUCGCACACGUAGCUUCGACAGCAAUGACGGAGAAUGAAACUUCGUGUUUGAAUGAGGUGCCUGAGCAUCAACUAAGUGUACAAGAGCGAUAUGAGCGUAUCCGUGAGAUAUAUGAACGUCGCGGACACGUGGACUUCCUCCACGAUGCAAACAGUGAGUGGUUUGCCAUUCGUGGUGCGCUCAUUGCUGCUAUCGACAACUUUUCAACGGGCUGGUUGAACGAAGCACGGCAGGUAUUGGAGCUCAUUUGCGAGUCUGCAGCAGGAUCCACUCAGCCUAACUCCGGUCCUGACACAGUAACCAAUUACGACAGAAAUGAGAAGAAACAAGAAGAGGUGGAGAACGUCAAUGUGCUGGUCACAAACACGCAGCUGGUGCCAGCUUUGUGCAAGUGCCUCAUUUAUCAACUGGACUCAUUCUUCCCGAUUGAUCGCGUGUAUUCCUCGGCGAAAGUACGCAAGUAUCGGUGUUUUGAAACCAUCUUGGAGAAGUACGACGCACCAGACGUGGAAUUUGUCGCUAUUGGUGAUGGACUUGAGGAAGAGCAUGUAAGUCUUGCUUUGGGUCUGGAGUUCCACAAAAUUCGAUCACUUGUGGACCUCAAGCGACUGCGAUAUGAUCUACAGCUUGCUCAAGUCAACAGUAUCGGCGUGUCAUCUUCUGUGACGGCGGUUGACACUCCUGCUGCUGUAACAACGCAGAUGCCUGUUGCUUCCUCUCCAGUCGGCCAAACUACGACAGUCUAG